AUGCUUCCCAACGUUCGAUCACCAAGAAACCGGGCCGCGAGGGAACCCCAGCGGAUCCGCACGGGGCCCCGGAUGAUGGUUGCUUGCAUCAACUGCAAAGAAAGGAAGCUGAGGUGCGAUAAUCAGAUCCCAGCAUGCGCAAAUUGUCAAAGGUUCAAUUUGACUUGCUUGGUGGAGGAUCCCAUCACCAAACGACAACAACCGCGGAAUUACAUCGAAAUCUUGGAAAACAGAAAUGCCCUACUUGAAGGAUUGUUGCAACAAGCUCGUCCAGAAUUGACACAAGACCAAUUGGCGCAUACAGAUCUCCCGGAUUGUGCGAUAGAACGGACGCCAGCCCCCAGCUCCUCCUAUCUCCAGUCGGAAGUGGAAGCUGCUAGCCAACCAGACACCACCCAGGCCCUCGACGAUGAUACCAUCAUCAAUGAACUUGCAUCCAAGGUCGGGAUGCUCGAGAUGAAUGUUGCAGGUAGAGAGCCUCACUAUCUUGGCUCCUCAUCAGCGUUUGCAUUCUCGAGGGCGAUUGGCUCUUCCCUUCUUCUUCAGGGCUUACAGAAAUUACCAGACGGAAACCGACAACAGCCAACGUCUCGACCCCCUCAUGAGGACGAUUUCAAUUUCCUGCCGUGUCUCUUGCCAGACUAUGGAGAUGGAAUAGCACUAAGCAAUGCAUACUUUCGCAGCAUCCAUCCUCAAUACCCGUUUCUGGACAAGGCGACAUUCAAGGUGUGGGAAUCAGAAGUACUGAAACCAGAUCAAGAAUUCUCUAGCCAGAAUCCCGAUGCAUUGUAUUUUGUCUACAUGGUUUAUGCCGUUGGUGCCCUGCUUGUUCCCCGGUUGGGCUACUCCUCGGAGCUACUGUACAAGUCAUCCCAGUUAUACGUCGAUUUCGUGCUACAGAAAGACAAUCUAUACUCCAUACAAGCCUUGUUGUGUAGUGCAAUGUAUUCUCUGCGUUCUACAACCGGGCCAUCACUAUGGAAACUUUCUGGUCUCGCUUUGCGGCAAUGUAUUGAGCUUGGCUAUCAUCGCAAUGCCAAGCGUGUUGGGUCCAGCACAGAUCCACUGCAGCUAGAACUGAGAAAGAGAGCUUUUUGGUGUGCUUUUACGAUAGACUGUUCUAUGGCCAUCACUCUCGGGAGACCUUUGGGGAUACCUCACCAGGAGAUUGAUGUUGAGUAUCCUAUUGAUGUCAACGAAUCUUCAGUCACUUCCCAGGGGGUGAUAGAAUCUCCUCGGAAUUCGUGCAGUGAUCCAGCCACCAGCAUGUCGGUGGCGAUUCAUGUUUUCCGGCUACGUCGCCUCUGGGCUGCGAUUCACACUUCGCUAUUUUCGGAUACUGCACUAAUACAAACACCCCGUCUCUCCUACGAUGCUCAAGUGCAAAAGCUUCGCAGUGAACUUGAGUCCUGGCGCAGCUCAGCUCCACCAGUCGCGAAUCAAGAUCAGGCCCUUUCACUAUUUGGGCAAGAAGACUGGUACGAAGUCAACUACAGCUAUUCCCUCUUGCUGCUCCAUCGUCGUCAAUUGACAAGCAGGAAAAAGGAGAUCCCCAACCAGGUAAUCCUCGAAUGCUUGCAAGCUGCCGAGAAUAUUUGCUCCCGUUACCGUCGACAAUACGUUGGCGGAUCUGUUGGAUACACAUGGGGCGCUAUCCAUUUCCUCUUCCUUGCUGGCUUGACCUAUCUACACUGCCUCUGGAUCUCGCCGGCAGCUCGCGCAUCAAGGCGGCAUGACACCGUGAGCAGUACUUGUACAGACUGCACAAUGGUCCUGGUAGUCAUGGCCGAGCGUUGGGCCGGAGCAUCACCUUACCGAGACAUUUUUGAAACACUUUCAAAGAGGACAAUGACCAUGAUGAUAAAUAGUGAUGUGACUCGUUCUGCUGCCGACGGCAGUCUGGGGGGCAUGGCGCAGGAUCCGUGGGUUUUGACACAGUCGGUGAUGGACUUGUCAACCGAUUCCAUCGGAACAACUUACGAAAUCGAACAAACUUGGUGGGCAGCUAUAUUUGGUGAAUCCACAGCUGAUAGUCUUUUCUGA